UGGCGCUGACGUCACUGAAUCAGGAAGUGAGCUGAGUGGGGUAUCUCGCUUUAUCCAAUAUCUCUGGAUAACUGAUGUCAGCAGUUUUGAGGUCACAGUAAAAGUGGCUAAAUCGUACGACUGGCGUUAAAUGCUUGCUAUGUAACAACAGUUUGCUGUGCUAUUACUGUCAUUAUCAACCAAUGCAAAGCCCGUCUGGGCUUACAGGAAGAAUGGUAUGGCGAAUCCGUUUAGGAUGUCCCGAGAACAGCUGGCUGUACAGUUGGCCAGGAAGUCAUUCCAGACUGGGAAGACCAAACCUCUGGAGUUCAGAGUUCAGCAGCUGAAGAGCCUGCACCGCUUCAUCACUGAGAGGAGGAAGGACAUCGCAGAUGCUGUCACAAAGGACCUCGGCAAGAGUGAACAUGGGACGGAGCUGUUUGAGACGCUGGGACUGGAGGGAGAGAUCAACCUGGCUAUACAGAAACUGGCAGAGUGGGCAGCUCCUCGGCCAGUAGAGAAGAACCUCCUCACCAUAGCAGAUGAGGUUUAUGUGCAGCCGGAGCCUUUGGGAGUGGUGCUCAUCAUCGGGGCCUGGAACUACCCCUGGGCUGUUACCCUCCAGCCACUUGUUGGAGCGAUUGCUGCUGGUAAUGCAGCAGUAAUAAAGCCGUCUGAGGUCAGCUCUCACUCUGCCAAGGUCAUGGAUGAACUUCUCCCUCACUAUCUGGACAAAGAUCUGUACCCAGUGGUGACAGGUGGAGUGUCAGAGACCCAGGAGUUGCUGAAGCAGAGACUUGACCACAUUUUCUACACAGGAAACAGCACAGUGGGUAAAUUGGUAAUGGCGGCUGCAGCUCGCCAUCUCACCCCAGUGACCCUGGAGCUGGGAGGAAAGAGCCCCUGCUACAUUGACAAAAACUGUGACAUAGCUGUUGCAUGUCGUCGCAUCACGUGGGGAAAGUUUGUCAACUGUGGUCAGACAUGCAUUGCUCCAGACUUUAUCCUGUGUGAAUCAUCCAUCCAGAGCCAAGUGGUAGAAGAGAUCAAGAAGUGCAUCAAGGAGUUUUACACGGAUAAUCCUGAAACCUUUGAGGAUUACGGACGCAUUAUUAACCAGCGGCACUUUAAGAGGAUCAUGGCUCUUAUGGAGGGGAGCACAGUUGCUGUUGGUGGAGACAGUGAUGAAUCCCAGUGCUACAUAGCCCCCACUGUGCUGAAGGACGUGACAGGAAAAUCCAAAGUGAUGAAGGAGGAGAUCUUUGGGCCACUGCUGCCCAUCAUCACAGUGAACGGUGUAGACGAGGCCAUUCAGUUUAUUAAUGAGAGAGAAAAACCUCUGGUUAUAUAUAUCUUCUCCCAUGACAACAAGCUGAUCAAAAGGAUGAUAGCUGAGACAUCCAGUGGAGCUCUGCUGGCUAAUGACUGUCUGGUACACUUUACUGUAAGUGCUCUGCCCUUUGGAGGAGUUGGUAACAGUGGUAUGGGCUGUUACCACGGCCGGCACAGCUUUGACCAGCUUAGCCACCUGCGCAGCUGUCUGAUCAAGCAGCUGAAGAUGGAAGGAGUCAACAACAUACGUUAUCCCCCUCACACAGCCAAAAAGCUGGGCUGGACUCGAUUCAUUCUGCUCAAGCAGGUCAAUGUGUGCAGGCUGCGGCGCAUGGCACUGCUGGCCACGUUAGCUGGCUUGGCCGCAUUUGUGGUGCAGGUAAAGGAACUAAAAUAUACCACACCAGUCAAAAGAGGAAUAAAAGGUUUUCUUUUGAUAUCGGCACUGUAUUGUUUUACACGUCUGUAGCUUCCUAAGAUUAGAGACAGAGUAGUGAGACAUUUAUGCAAGUCCAGUGAGUUGCGUUCAGUGUAUAAGUAGUUCUCUGUUUAUUGAUUGUUUGCAGUUAGGUUAUUGGUUAGUUGGCUUCGCCAAAGUUACGUGAUGUUAGUUUGCUAAUGCUGUUCUCUUUGUCUUGAUCACACAAUCAGACAAACCCUCCCCCAACCUGAAGCCAGCUUUGAUUCGGACAUCUUGUAGUUCUCUGUUGUCAGCCAUUUUGUUUUGUAGACCAAACGGCCCUUUGAUUACCACACCCGCCUUUGUCUUUCUCCCUCUCUCUCUUGCACACACACACACACACACACACACACACACACACACACACACACCAAGCUUGUAUAUAGUUAGUUAGUUAGUUAGAAUUAGUGAGUUUGUUUUGCUUUGCUUCCUUUAUGAAUAAAUGUAAUUUUUUGGAAUCAUG